AUGCUAUGCCGCUCGUGUGCCGGGUGGCUCCGGUCGCUGCCCACCCUGCGGCUUCGGGCACCGGGAUCACCGCCUGCCUGGAGCAGCGCGCGGCUCCCAGCCCUUCCGGUAUGGGCGGCCGCGUCGGUGUCGGCGGCGUCUCCGGGCGGCUGGUAUGAGGCCCUGGCAGCAUCGGCGCCCGUGCGCACGGCGGAGGAAGUGCUGCUGGGCGCGCACGAGGCCACCGGCCUCCCCUGGUGGGGCAGCAUCAUACUCAGCACCGUUGCCCUGCGCGGUGCUGUCACUCUGCCCCUGGCCGCCUAUCAGCACUACAUCCUGGCUAAGGUGGAAAACUUGCAACCAGAAAUAAAAGACAUCGCCAAGCGCCUUAACCAAGAAGUUGCAGUCUGUGCACGUCAGUUUGGUUGGUCCAAGAGAGUGGCCAGACUCACUUAUCUGAAGAACAUGCGGAGACUUGUUUCGGAGCUGUAUGUUCGUGACAACUGCCACCCUUUCAAAGCCACGGUGCUGGUGUGGGUCCAGCUUCCAAUGUGGAUCUUCAUGUCUGUUGCCCUCCGGAACCUUAGCACGGGGGCCACACGUUCAGAUGCAGGCAUUUCUGUUCAGGAACAGUUAGCUGCUGGCGGGUCGCUGUGGUUUCCUGACCUCACUGCAGUGGACUCCACCUGGAUUCUGCCCGUCUCUGUCGGUGUUGUCAACUUACUGAUAGUGGAGAUUUUCGCUCUACAAAAAAUCGGAACAUCUCGCUUUCAAGUGUAUGUUACGAAUUUUGUCCGUGCUGUCUCCGUGUUGAUGAUCCCAGUUGCUGCAACAGUACCCUCGGCGCUUGUUCUCUACUGGCUGUGCUCCAGCCUCAUGGGCCUCUCACAGAACCUGCUGCUGCGCUCCCCUGCAUUCCGCCAGUUGUGCCGGAUACCACCCAGCAAGUCUGACUCAGACACCCCAUACAGAGACCUCUCUGCUGCCUUUUGUGCCAAGUUCCUUUCAAGAAAACGAUGAGAGCCCACUCCCAGUACCCCUGAAAUAAUUACAAAUGUCACUGUCAGUUUCAUGCAUUGAAUUUAGAAGUCUUUAUUUAAAUAUCAUGAAGCACUGUGGGAAAGAUGUAAUUCAGAUGUGUUUGACAUUUAGUAUUAAAAACUGAAUGUUCAGUUGUAAAAGUGUAAAAAUAACACAGGAUGCCUGGCCUUGUUAAUAAAAAAAUCAUAGUUUCGCUGAGAGCAGGAUUAGAUCCUGUGUGAUCUUUGCCCAACUGUCCACAAAUAAAGUUUUGCAAAUUAAA